AUGAAAAAUAAAGGUAGUCUUGUAGCUACAACAACUUUAAAAGACGAAAUCGCCGUUAAUAUGGUAAGAUCGGAACACUUUAUUUAUGUAGCUUUGGGCACCUUGGGAACAUAUUUGUUGAGUGCAAAGCUCCACAGAGUCAAAACCGAAUAUCAAAGUUAUUUUUCUCAAUUGAAUUUAAAACUAAAAGAACGAUACAGUGGAGCUAGUGCGGCCAUCAUUGAUCUGGAUAGAUUGGACGCAAAUGUACGCUUCAUUCGAAACAAAUUGGAUAGUGAAUACAAACUGAGACUAGUCACUAAAUCAUUACCUUCAUUAGAUCUCUUGAAGUAUCUACUAGAAACAACUCAGACGAACAGAUUAAUGGUUUUCUCUGAGCCGUUUAUUAUUGAAAUAUUAACGAACAUGGAGUUUGAUUCACUUGAUAUACUGUUGGGCAAACCAUUAUCUGUGGAUGCUUUCUCAAGGUUAACUGCUUAUCGUGGCUGGACUAGUAUUCAUUGGUUGAUUGAUACAAAGGAACGAUUAAAUCAAUAUUUGUUCUAUGCACAAAGAGGGAAUCUACGAAUCAAAAUUAGUUUAGAAAUUGACAUUGGUCUACAUCGAGGCGGAUUCGAGACGAUAGAAGAUUUUACUGAGGUAGUAAAGAUCAUUCAACAAAACAGUCGAUUUCUGGAAUUAACUGGUCUUAUGGGAUAUGAUGGACAUGUGCCCUACGUGCCUUUUUAUAUUAAUAAACAAAAAGCUAUUCGAAAGGCAUUUAUCAAAAUGCAAAACCGUUAUCGACGAUUUGUUGAUGAACUGAAGAAACACUAUGAUGCUGAAGCUAUCAGAAAUAUGACCUUCAAUAGUGGUGGAAGUCACACUUACUUCAACUAUUCCGACGUCAAAAGCAGUACUCCAAUCAACGAUAUUGCUAUCGGUUCAGGCUUUGUCACGCCACAACAAUUCUCCUAUCUAAUCAAAUUGGGUCACCAACCUUCGUUAUUUUUGAGUUCUCCCGUAUUGAAAAAGCUUGAAUCAUCGAAAUUACCUCAUGCCGAGAAACUCGCAACAUUACUCAAUCUUUGGAACCCAAAUCUUAGUGUAUCUUACUUUACGCUUGGAGGUGGAUGGCCAGGCGAAUUGAUUAGCCCUGUUGGUAUGAGAAGAAAUCAUUGGUGGGAUGGAAAUGAUCUUGGCUAUUCGAAUCUAUUACCUAAUCAAUCGAUUCUCAGUAGUUCAGAUAAGAACAAUAUUCGUGUUGAUGACUUUGUUUUUUAUCAUCCGUGGCAAGGAGAUGGAAUGCUGUGCUUCAGAAAACUCGUUCUUUAUCGACAAGCCGGUUUUGUUGGAGAAUGGAGCACUUUCAACGGAGGAAACUAA